AUGGUUUAUUUUUUUGGAAUUUUUAACACUAAAUAAGAUUUAACCUGAGGUUAAGUGGUGGUUUGCGGUAGUGCUACAAAUAUGUAAAUCAUGGCCACCACUGACAGUGGUACCGAAACGUUGUUUUCCGAUGAUUCACCCUGCGACCUGAGAACGGUUUGUUCGCCGAGCGUUUGCUCCGGAGAUGAGACCGAAGUGCCGACUGAAGAAACCUCGUCUUCGACCAAUGGCAGACCUCAUCAGCCGCCCAACAUCCAACCAUACAGCGGUGUACUGGAAAAGGGGAAGGUCCUUAUUCGUCCCAUCGCCUUCAAACCUUCAGCAUUAAAUGUGAACGAAAGGGCCAGAUCCAGGGGCGGAAUGAUGACCCCCUCCAAUGCAUCCAGGUUCGGACUUACGGGGAGCGAACGUUAUGGAUCCACCCCGAUACUCACCAGACCUGGGUCCAGGUUAACACUAUACGGAAGUACAAAUGAUCUGCACCAGGUAAACAGGGAAAGUGCGAAUUACUCCCUGGACAGGAAGUUGAGGUCGCUGUGUCCUUCCGCGUCAUCUUCCCCUCCGCUGGCUAUGAGUUCCUUAACGUCGCUCCCUAGCAAACUGAUGAACUAUGACAGUCUGGAGAGCGUUAGAAAGUCGCCAGCUUCUACCCUGGAUGGCUCAAUAGUCAACAAAAACUCGUAUCGUCUUCUGGGAGGAGUCGGAAGUUCAAGCCUUCUGGAUUUAACACCUUCCCCAUCGGAUUCCGGAGUGUCAGAACUGGAAGCUGCCUUGAGAGACCGCGAUUCAGAGCUCGCGUACCUUCGACAAACCAUGGAGCACAACGAGCAAGUCAUUUUCAGGGUGUACCAGGAAAAAGAGAAAGCAUGGGAGAGGGAGAUCAGGCGUAUGAAAACAGUGCACGAAACAAGACUUCGAGCCAGUGCCCAGAAAGUGCACAAGUUGGAGCAGAUGCUGAUGAUGCAGACCUACCAACUGCAGCAAGAUAAAAAACGCAUUUGCGGCGAGGCGCAACGAGCUAACUGUCAAAGCGAAAGACUGAGACAGGAGGUGGAGGCUUUGAGGAGUAGAUUGGAGGAAACUGAGUGGGGACUUUGCCAGAAGACCGGGGAAAUUUCGUUGCUCAAAACUCAGAUCAAAGACUGUCAGAACGAACAAACAACGAAAUGCCAGGAAAACCUGCAGCUGCGCAACGAGAAUCGCGAAGCUAAAGAGCAACUGGAUCAGCGCGACGAGCUGAUCGAAAAUUUAAAAAAAGCAGCGCUCGAACGCGAGGAGGAGAUCAAGUGCCUGCACGCCGAGCUGGACCGGUUGCACAGCGAGCAAAAGUUCGAGAUCGCGAAGAACUACGAGGACGUAAGCGAGAACGAACGAUUGCGGGCGGAGAUACGCGAGCUGAGGGAGGAGCUGAGUGACAUGUCCUUGAACGAGUACGGCAACAUCGAGCCGGGCAGGAGGACGCAGAGCUCGUGCCCGGACAGUUUGGAGGACAUCGAGAUCCAACGACUCAACGGUACUUGUUCCGAUGGCUCGUGUUGCGCCGAAGUGGAUAAGUUGCGGGAGGAAAUCAGCAUCAAAGCUAAAUACUUUGAUAAGGAACGUUUGGUGUGGGCUCAGGAGAAGGAAAAAGUUCUAAGGUACCAGCGUCAGCUACAAAUGAACUAUGUACAAAUGUACAGACGCACCAGAGCUUUGGAAAAGGAACUAGAAAACCUUACAAUAGAAUUAGACUUGGAUAAGAAUGGAAUGGAGAAAAAACUGUCAACGAUGGAUCUUAGCCAAACGAUAGAAUUAUGAUCGAAAAUAGAAUUUAAAGUUGAAAUUUGAUUGAUUUUUUCUCGUGUAGAUUUGCGUCUACAACUUGGGUUAAAAGUGGUCAGGAAUUGCUUUAACUGCUAUUACUAUGGUCAUGCAGAAAUGAUAGUUAAUAGUUGUUAAUUAAUAACUAACCUUUCUGCAUGCAUAAUCCUGUAUAUGAGAACAUAGCCUUGCGGAAUACCAUAAAAAAUCAAAGUACACUUAUUUAAAUAAUUAGUGUGUUAUUUUUAUAAAAAUUGAAUUAAAGGCUCUUAUCUUAAUACAAGAGCAACUGCUACAAAAUAUUUAUUUUAAAUUUUACCUAAAUGGUUUUUUUAAUGAGGUAUAUGGA